GAUGGAAAAGUCACAAGACCCUCAGCUGAGAGAAUACUUUUUUCAACCUAAACAGUGUUUGUGCGUUGUACGGAGCUAAAAAGAAAUUCGUCGAGAACAAAUACAUUUUUCAUCGCUAAUUUUACUAAAUUUCUUAUUUGAAAAAGAAUCGUGAUUGCAUUAAAACCAUGGCAAAUAACGUACAAGAUUUGAUUUCGUCAUUGCCAGACGAUAAAAUUGACAUGAUUGCCGCAACGAGUGUUUUGCAGCAACAAGCUGGUGACAUUCGUCAAAAUAAAAUCAAUUGGCAAUCGUAUGCCCAAUCUCAAAUGAUAACCAAUGAGGAUUAUAUGUGCGUUAGCGCAUUGGAUAGUGAUCAACGUGCAUCCUAUUUGCAACAAAAUUCCGCCCAAUGUGCCAAAACAUUUUUGAAUUUGUUGUCGCACGUAUCAAAAGAUCAAACGAUUCAAUACAUUUUGGUAAUGAUUGAUGAUUUGCUGCAAGAGGAUCGUUCACGUGUCGAAAUCUUCCAUGAAUAUGCGGCCAAGCGUAAGGAAAGUGUAUGGGGACCAUUUUUGAAUUUGUUGAAUCGUCAGGACGGUUUCAUUGUCAAUAUGUCAUCGCGCAUUUUGGCCAAAUUGGCAUGCUGGGGCCAUGAGCUCAUGCCAAAAGCCGAUUUGCACUUUUAUUUGCAAUGGUUGAAAGACCAACUCACCAUCAAAGCCAAACAAUAUUUGCAAGAGAUGGCUGAAAAAGUAAAAACAAAUCGUAAUCAGCACGCAUUGCAACAGCAGCAACUGCAGUUUCAACAGCAACAACCACAAGCCCAAUCGACGAAUACCGAACGUUACAGUCUGCUUUCGGGCGAUCAACGUGCAUCGUCACCACCGCUUGUUCCAAAACCCCUAUCGAACAACGAGUACAUACAAUCCGUUGCUAGAUGUCUGCAGAUGAUGUUGCGUUUGGAUGAUUACCGUUUUGCAUUCGUAGCGGUCGAUGGAAUCAGUACCUUGUUGAGUAUUCUUUCAUCACGUGUCAACUUCCAGGUCCAAUAUCAAUUGAUUUUCUGUUUGUGGGUAUUGACAUUCAACCCGUUGUUGGCCGAAAAGAUGAACAAAUUCAAUGCCAUUCCGAUCUUGGCGAGUAUUUUGAAUGAUUCAGCCAAGGAAAAGGUGACACGCAUCAUUUUGGCGGUUUAUCGUAAUUUGAUUGAAAAACCAUCCGAUCCAAAUAUUUCGAAGGAGCAUUGCAUUGCCAUGGUCCAGUGCAAAGUAUUGAAACAAUUGUCGAUUUUGGAACAACGUCGUUUCGAUGACGAAGAUAUUACCGGCGAUGUUGAAUAUUUGACCGAAAAACUACAAAGCUCCGUACAGGAUUUGAGUUCAUUCGACGAAUAUUCGACCGAAGUCAAGAGUGGACGUUUGGAAUGGUCGCCAGUUCACAAGUCAGCCAAAUUCUGGCGUGAAAAUGCUUUACGUUUGAAUGAAAAGAACUACGAUCUAUUGCGUACAUUGAUUCAUUUCUUGGAAAUAUCGAAGGAUCCAUUGGUGUUGGCUGUUGCUAGCUACGAUAUCGGUGAAUAUGUUCGCCAUAACCCAAGGGGAAAACAUUUAAUCGAACAUUUUGGCGGUAAACAAUUGGUGAUGCAACUCUUGAGCCACGAAGAUCCAAAUGUGCGAUAUGAAGCACUGGUUGCUGUGCAAAAACUGAUGGUUCACAACUGGGAAUAUUUGGGCAAGCAAUUGGAAAAAGAGAGCGAAGGAAGCAAUCAAAACUCUGGCCCAGCAACAAUCCAAGGAAAAGCCUAAGCAUAUGUGCAAUAGUCGAUGCAAUAUCUAUGAAAAACAGCGCAUUAGUUUUUAUUCUUUUUGCACAAAAUUACUUACCACAACAGAAUGCAAAUAAGAAUCCCGAAAAUUUGGAGAAAAAAGGGAAAAAAAUGUUUAAAAAAUUUAUUUGUUUUUUUUAGUAGUUAAGACAAAAUCGAAUUGUAACAAUAAUAAUUUGUGUUGUAGCCAGCUUCAUUCGAAAAGAAAAAAAAAUUGUUUGUGAAGGUUUAUAGUUUCAUUCGAUUAGAAUCAACAACAAAAGCAAAUUUCAUGUAAAUGUUUGUAUGUAAAUAUCCUUUAUUGUAUAGUAUCAAAUCAGAUCACAUGCGAUGCACAAGACUUCGUAAUAAUAAUUUCGUUUUGGAACACUAAACCAGUCAAUAGCAGUAACAUUCCAUUCGAAUUGGAUACUUUUUGAAAGAAAUAGAAAAAAAAAACUUUUUUUUUCUUCUAGUUCAAUUUCAAAUCAGACUGUUUCUUUUAAAACCACUGACGAUAUACAGUUUUCGAUGUCCAUAAAAUCAACGAAAUUGAAUGGUUUUAUGUGUUUUUUUUUGUUUUGUUUUCGCAUCAACACAUUGUUACAAUUUCUCUUGAAUUGAAGACAUGCAAGUAUUAUUUUAAACUAUUCUAUCAUAGAUUGUUAGACAUUUGAAUGAAACAUAAAAACAGAAAUCUAUUACUUUUUUCUCUAUUCACAUAUAUAAAUAAAGAUUAUCUCUAAAUGAUACUAACAGAGAG